UCUUAAUUCUAAUCGCCAAAUAAUGUAUUAAUUAUCGUUCAAAUAUACUAAUACUAUAUUUCUCUGAAAAUAUAUUAAGGCACGACAUAUUAUUAUUUAUAAACUAAAGCAAAUCUUUGGCAACAUUGCAAAAACCUGAUAAAUAUAAAAUGUAAGUGAUGUGAUGAAAAUGAUAAAUGUAAAAAUUUUGUGGGUUGGGAAAUGGAAUGGUAGAUAAAUUUGACAAGUGGGAUGUGGAUGCGGUUUUGGAAAGCCGAUAAGCAUUUUACUUUUUCUAUAUCACACUGGUGACGAAUGAAUAAAACAAUGGAUCUGGAAGAGCCAAUGUACAAAGGGUUGCUUUUGUUACCACCUGUUGGAAAAUUACUGAAGAAAUCUUGGCAACAAAGAUACUGCUUGCUUUUUAAAGCUAGCAAAUUUGGAAGAGAAAGGCUGGAGGUGUAUGAAUCUGUAGAUUCGAAAGAAUCCAAAAUAAUCACCCUGGAGGACUGUAUAAAAAUAAACUCAAAGUCACCUACAACAUUUGGUGUCACCACAAGAACUGCCGUUCAUGAAUUUGGAGCUUUAAAUGAACAUUCCAUGAAGGAAUGGCUAAGUGCAAUAAGAUCUGUAGCUUUCCCUGAAGAGGCUUCUAAGCUCACUAGCAUUGAAGAAGAUAAUGAUUUAUAUUGUUCGUCUGGCCAAGGAGUUUUUAAUGUUAAAUUGCACCCUUCUCCUGUAUCAGUAAGAUGCGGUUUGGAAAGCAAAAAUUAUACUUUAGUGCUGACUUCAACUGCGAUACAGCUUAUGAAUAUUGCAGAUAAUAAACUUUUAUAUACUUGGCCUUACUGUUAUAUAAGAAGAUAUGGGUACCAGUCGGAUAAAUUUACUUUUGAAGCUGGAAGAAAGUGCGAAUCUGGAGAGGGAACAUUUUUCCUAGAAAAUCCGAAUCAGCAAGAAAUAUUUAGAUGCCUUGCUACCAAAAUGAAAUCCAUGAAGAAAAUGCUUGCCGGCGAAAGUUCGCCAGUGCUGGACUGCGGCGAUGCCCUGCACGCAGCUCUGACUAUGGAAGCGAGAUCUAGAACUCCUCUGCCACCUUCCCCUACGGCGCCCUCGCUCCAAGACUGUACAAUUUCAAGCAAAUCUCAAUUUGCAUCAAGUGAAAACGAUCUGAUCAAACCAAAACCGUUCGUCAAACCAAACAUUAAUAUGUUGCCAGCUGUUAAGGCGAAACCUAUGAAACCUCCUAGGAAAUAUGCGCCUAAACCACCCCCUGAUAGUGAUCCAACAUAUGAGCCUAUAGAUCGAAAGUAUGACGAGGUAGAAAUUAAAUGCAAUGCUUGGCAAACUUUAGGCACAGACCCGCCUAGUCACACUGAAACAAUAAGUGAUGAUGCAGAGUAUAGCUCCUGGGGUGAAGUCAAGCAAGAAUCAGAAAUUUUGAAGCAAAAACAGCCUCUCGCACCUGCCAUCAUCACCAGAAACACAACAGGUGCCAUUAGUGGUAGAUAUGAUAAACUGAAUUUUUUUGGAUCCACCAGCAAACUAAACGCGAAUUCUCCCUAUAAGCAAGUUUUCCCGAUACCUGUGAAUUCGAGUUUUGAGCCGCCCUCUUUCAAUGACUAUGACGAAGUCCAGUGUUUGAACACUGAAGUACAUAGUGCAGAGAAGGAAGUAAUCAUCGACCCAAAGGAGAAAAGGGAUGCCAAGGUGAAUCAUCAGUUUCACAAUGAAGAGGCAUAUGCCGUCAUAACAAAACCAAAACGGGUCUAGUCAGAUUUUCUUCAUCGAAGUUAGUUGAAGGAAUUUGUUUGGUAAAAGAGAAAACAGGUCUGUCGACGAGGAAUCUAUUUUAUAAAAGCAGGAAUCUAUUUUAUAAAAGCUUCCUUAGCCAUAACUAUUAUGUUCUAUAUGAAAGAGCGCUGAACAGAGUUUUCAGUUUUUGAUGGCAAAUUUUUUAUAUUUGUUCAUUUUAAUGAAUAGAUUUUUUGUUCUAUAUCGUCUUAAAUACAUUCCAAAAGGGAACAACAUUUUUAGAAUAUCAUGAGUCUCGAAUUUUCAUAAUGAAAUUGAGGUUUUGGCUAGUGAAACCAUGAAUGGGGAUGUCUGACUUUGCAGUGGUCUGAAAAACCAACUUAGAAACAUUUUCACCUGUCACAUGUUAUUAUUUUCAGAAACUACAAAAAAUAUUUGAAGUAUAUGAAGCUGCCUAUGUAAAUAUAUGUUAUUCAAAACUUGGUUACAUAUAUGGGCAUUUAUCAUGUGAUGGAAUUGGCCGAUACUUGAUGAAAAUCCAUAACGUGUUCACGUAACAUUUUAUUUUGAGAUUUUCACCGAACAGUUUACAAAAUCGCAAUACAUGUUUCGCUAUACAAUAGCUUUCUCGAACAUUUUCAUACUUAAAAUUCUAAUUAAUUUAUGCUUUAUAUAAUAACAAUUUGGAUCAUGCUACCUUCUACCAAUUGUUUGUGUAUCUUUGUCAAUCCCUAACAUUCUCAUAGCACGAGAAGAAGUAGACGAACAAACACUAAUAAGUCGACAGCAUGAUUCAGAAUUAAAAUAUAAGGGUUGUUACUGAGUGCUAACCCAGACAAGGACAACCCCCCAUAUUGAGCUGGCCCCAAUUGUGCCUGAACAGGAAGCAUCGGCCAAUAAAAAAGAGAGAGAUAGAGAGACUACUUAUUUUAUUUUACCUGAGUCUAGGCAAAACCUUAUUGAAAAUUUCAAACAUCAUUAAAAAAAAUUUCAUCAACUCAUCAAAUGAACAUGUAAUAAACUAAUUCUAAAGCGUGCUUCAUAACAAACUCAUUAAAUGGACAUGUAAUAAACUAAUUUACCACAGUAAAUUUUCAGAAUUCCUAUAUCUUUCAGUUUCUAGGCAUUCCAAAAAGUUUCUCUUUGAAAUUUAAUUCUUCAUAGUCGUCAAAAGACGGUUUGCAAAAGUGUACUAUGAAUUCUUCACAUUCCAGAAACUACUUCUAUGUUCUUUUAUUCUUUGGGAAAAUGUUCUCUCCGUUUGGCCAAUAUGAAGUUUUGGGAAAGAACUUAAAGUCAACUUAUAUAUUCCUGACACAGUAAUUUUGUCUUUAUUGUUCUCAAUAAAUUUACUUAAAUUAUUAUUUGUUCGGCAAGCCAUGUAUGACUCUAUCCUUUUCAAAAAACAAGUGAUGUUAUUGGUGGAUUCACUAAAGUAUGUCAAUUUCCUAUGACAUAAAUGACUUGUUUUCACAGUUUUUUUGGAAAGAAUGAGGUUGAUGAUAUCUACCUUGUAAUCAUUGUUAACAGUGAUUUAUUUAAUAAAAUCCAGUACUUUCUGAUCAUUACUUUUUGAGUGGAAUAUUCAACAGUGUGCUUCACCGAUUAUUGAAUCUUUCACAUUUUCUUUUAAUUUGUUACAACCGGUUUCGGUUUAUUAAACCAUUCUCAAGUAAACUGAAGCAGUUUGAAAAACAAACCCUUGAAUAUUCAAUUAUAUAGUCAAUGUCAUUUAGCUCGGCUAAUUAAACUUGUACAUGAAAUACCAAAAUUUUUACUUGAAUCAUCAAUACCUUAUCUAUAUGUGAUUAGUUUAUUACAUGUCCAUUUAAUAAGUUGGUGGAAUUUUAUUUUAUCAUGUUAAAAAAUUUCAAUCAGUUCUCAUCUGAACUCAGGUAAAAUAAAAUUACAUAGAAGGUCAUGUGAUCCAAAUUGUUACUCAAUAAUGCACAAAUUAGGUAGAAUUCAGUCAGUAUAAAAACUCUUGGGAAAGUUAUUGUAUAGCGAAACACGUAUUGCGGUUUUGUGAAAUGUCCAGCGAAAAUUUCACAAGGUAUUCUGUAUUAUUUCCUGCAAGUAAAUGGAAUUUUCAAAUUUUGUGACAAUGGGAAAUUGAUUAACAAUUUUUUUUUCAAGGUCACAAAAAAUCUGACAUCUACGAUAUCUAUUUUCAUGAUUAUAUGGUUUCAUGUGCCUAAACAAUAAACUUUUAUCUAUUAGAACUAAUAGAAAAAUAGUUUUAUACUGAUCAUCAUUCACCAACUUGCUUCUGAUUGAAAAAAAUGAGUAGUUUCAAUGAAUUAUUUCUUUUUAAUCUUUAAGAAAUAUUUUUUAAAGGAAUAACUACAAACCAAAUAUUUUCCACUGUAUUUUAUUGUUUUCGCUUGAAAUUGAAAAUCUGUUAUUGUCUGUAAAAUUGACAAUGCAAACUGAUAUAAUUGAAAAAAUUUCAUUUUGAGUACUUAAGUUUUAAACUCAGUAUUUUCUUGUAAAUUUAUUAUCGAUUUAAUGAUCUGGUGUACCAAUCUCUGUGAUAUUUUUACUGGAUCCAUCACAAUUGUAAAUAGUUUUAAUGAUUCAGAGUGCCUUAUUUUUGUAAUUGUGAGAAAAGUACUAAUGAUCUGAUAAUAGUAUUGUUGAUCUGACAAGAGUACUGUUGAUCUGUUAACCUUGAUAGUUAUAUUUUUUUAUGAAAAACUUCUAUUUGCUCAAAGGAGAAUUAAUAAUCGAAUAAUUUAUUAUGUUUUCACACUAAUAUAUUCAAAUAGAUAAGAGUUCCAUGAAAUGUAACUUUCUAUGUUUCCUUCAUUAUCAAUUUGUUAUGCCCUCUUUAUUACUGAUACCGUUUUAUGUAGGCCAAAGAUUUUAUAAUUUGCAGUACAGUUUUUGGCAAGCUUCAAUUGAUUUUAAUAAUUGAGAAAUUUCCUUCGUUCUUAUGUCAACCUUGGAGUAAGGAUUCUUUGUUAUAAGGAAAUAUGAAAAUUAAACUGCCAUGAUAACUUACCUUGAUUUUAAUGAAUUUGAAUUAAAUUAUUAUUUAAUUUAGCUCAUUUUCAACACAUGAUUACCUUUCCUCAGAAAUGAUGUGUUUGAUGAAAAAUAAUCUAAAAGUUGGGUAUGAUUAAAGGUUGGAUAUAUUAGCUUGGUGUCAAGAGUUUGUGUACAUAUUCAAAACUUGGAUAAGUUGAGAAAUCAUUAUUAACAUCUUUGGUUAAUAACAUACCCCGAAUAUUCAAUCUGCAGAGAAAUAAAUGGUCAGCUGUU